CAACUAUUCAAUAUGGAGGCGGAGGUCGAUAAGCUGGAACUGAUGUUCCAGAAAGCUGAUUCUGAUUUGGAUUACCUUCAGUAUAGGCUGGAAUAUGAAGUCAAGAUUAAUCACCCACACUCAGCAGGAGAGAAAAAUGCAGUUGCAAUUUUAAAAGAAUUAUCAGCAAUAAAGUCUCGAUAUCAAGCUUUAUGUGCACGCUUUAAGACAGUUUCUGUUGAGCAAAAAGAGACCAAGAGCUGCAUUUGUGCUAUUUUGAACAAGACAAUGACCAUGCUACAAGAACUACAGAAGCAAACAAACCUGGAGCUAACUCUGCUGACAGAAGAGGAGAAAGCUGUGACAGAGCGACUGAAGUCUCACGUGCCAGACGUAGAGAACGGAAUUUUACAAAGGAACUUUGAUGGCGAAAAGAUCAGCUCCAAAGAGAUCCAGCGAGGUGUCUAGAGGUUGGGGGCUGAUGAGGAAGACUGAGAUUUUCCUUGACCGACAGGAUCAUGAUGCAUUUCAUGCAAGAGGAAAUUGUAGGAAGGGAAGACAUAAGACUGAAAACCAAAACGGUGGGACGGGAAUAAAGAGAUGUAAAAACUGAUAGCCAGAGUUAAUUUUGUCAUUGCAGGCAAUGAAAUCCCUUAGUGCUAUCUUUAUUUUCUGUUUUCUUUUUGUAUAGUUGUUGCAAUUUUAGAUGUUUUUGGCUUUUGUAAAAGAAUUAUUUAUGUACAUUUCAUUCAGUAUGUGAAUGUGCAAAGUACUUGUAUAAUAUUCAGGUGUUGUUUGUUUGCUCUUUUGAGACAAGGUCUCACCAUGUAGCUCUGGCUGGCCCUGGAGCCCUCUAUGUAGACCAGACUAGCACUGAAUCUUAGAAAUGCCAGCCUUUGCCAUCACACCGGGCUCUGUCUGUCUGUCUGCCUGUCUGACACAAGGUCUUAUAUAUCUCAGGCUGGCCUCAGAUUUGGUGUCAAUAAGGAUAGUAUUUCACUCUGAUACCUCCCGAGUGCUGGGAUUCCCAGUGUUCGUAAGCAUGUCUGGUUUAUGCAGUACUAGGGCUCUAACUAGAGCUUCGCUCAUGGUAGGCUAGCACAGCACAGCUGAGCCUCAUCCCAACCCUGUAUUUUUCUAAAUAACACACUUACUUGUGUAUAUAUGAUGUCCAGUAUUUCCCAAAAUCUAAUAAAUAUAAUUAAUGGGC